CCAGGUCGGUGCAAUUUCUGUAACAGCUAUUUUCAUCUGCAUCGGUUGCUGCUGCUGAUGCGGUUAUGUCAUCGCUAUUUGGUUCAGUGAUUUGACACGGUUCAAACUUGUCUGGGUCUCGAGUUGUAAAUAAUUAGUUUAGUCUCCAGAAUGAUUCCAUCUCUGCCUCCUUUCGCCAGUUGGUUAGCAAUGCUGCUGAUCUUAAUGGAGCUGGCUGAGGUAUGGUCUAAUUGCUGCGCCUGUCCAUCUCGUCGCUGCAAAAUCCCGCAGUGGCCAUGCUGCGACAAAAAGUCCAAAUGGUGGAAUUCAUUUCUUGGUUAAGAAAAGGUUUUGUGGAAAAUAUUUUUUAAAAUGUGUAAAAGACUUUAAUAUAUUUUGUUUUAUCUAAGACACGCGAAGUUUGUUAUUUAAAACAACUAAUAUGUAAAUUAAAACAUUAAUUAAUUAAUUUGUUG